GAAAAUAAAGAGGAGAGGGAAAGGAAAAGUAUCAGAAAAAUUCAUCUAAUUCUAGAGAUAGAAAGAAACAAAGAGAUUUGCCCUCACUUUAAAUAAAAUAUUUUUUCUAGAGAGAGAAAAUAAAUAAAAUGAUAUAUAAAGAGAGAGGCAAAUUUGAGCUGAGAAGGAAGCAGGAAGGUGUUAUCAAUUUUCUUGAACUGAGCAUUUGAUUUCAGAAUUUCUCUGCAGAUCAUAGAGAGAGAAAACUAUAUACAGGGGGAGUGUGUUCUGAAAGAGAUUAAAUAAUAAUACUAAUAAUAAUAGAAAUAACUAUAAUUAUUAAUAACAAUUAGUAUUUUUACAUUUAUGUGUGUGUAUGUGUGUGUGUGUGUGUGUGUGUAUAUAUACACAUGUAGGUGUAUAUUUGUAUGUCAGAUCCUCUUGUAGCAGGAAUAUCGUCUGAUUGUUGGUUUUCCUUGUUUUUGUAGUAUUAGAUAGAGAAGAGAGAAAAACCUAGAUAGAAAGGGGGUUGUAGGAUUGUGUUACGUAUCGUGUUCAAUUUAGGAUUGAGUGUGGUGUUAAUUGGGGAAAACAUUAGAGCAAUUUGUGGUGAUUGAAAUAAUUUGGAUUUGAUGUUGGUGGAUUGCGGCGGAUUGUGUCGGUGGUGGCGGGGAUGGCAGCCGAGCAAAGGGAACGGAGCGUGGAGGAGCUAUACAAUGCGACGAACUUGAUUGGAAAACCAAAGAUCACAUCAGUCUUGAAAGGGAGUUAUCGCAUGCAGGGGCCAGUAGAGGAAACUGAACGAGAUAUUGAGAAGAAUAUGGUGAGAUAAAAGGUUAUCAUCUCAGUCUGAAAAGAGAUUAGGAAAACCUUCCAUGAGACGGAAGGUUCGUGCAAGAGUAGAGUCUGGGACGUGUAACGUGUGUUCCGCUCCUUGUUCAUCGUGUAUGCAUCUUAAGAUUUCCUGUAUGGAAUCAAAGGACGAUGGAUUUUCGGAUGAAACCUUUCGUGGAACUGCAACAAGUCAGAACUCUAUUAAUGAGGAUGAAGUUUCGUGUUUUAAAGAUAGGGCUUGUGAAGCAAGUAACCUUCUCAGUGCCAAUUCAAGUCAAGAUUCUUUAUCUGUAAAUGCAGAAAGUAAAGUACAUUUGAGGUGUUCUGAUACAGUUGAUACCUCAGUUGAGUCUAAGAUGCCUCUGAAAGUGCCCCUUGAUGGAACUGUUGGGGUGGAUAAACUUUCUCCAAAGCAGCAGUGCACUUUAGCAACUAUCUCAAAUAAAACUAUCUCAAAUAAGAAUGAGUAUCCCAAAGUUGUAGAAGGUCAUGAUGAUAACAUUUCAUGCAUCAGUAGAGCUAAUGAUGUGAAUAUAGCAGAAGGUUAUCAUAGCAAUAAUGUAGACAGGAAGAAUUUAUCUAGUAGUUCAGCUUUAGUUUGUAGUUUAGGAUCAGAAGGAACUGGAAAGACAAUAAUUUCCCCUAAGCCAGAGUUGUUAGAGACACUUCCAAAUGAUGCAUGUGCUGGCAGUAGCUCACCAAAGGUCCAGAGCAGGUGUACGUCCUCCAACACAAAUGGAGCACAUUUGGAGGAAGAUGCAAAGGUAGAUACUCCUAAGGUUUCAAGUCAACUUUUUCCAAAGUUAGAAGUUGAUACCAAAGACGACAAUGGAGACCCACCAGAUGAAAGAUUUAAGUGUCCUGUCCAAGUUGAUCGAGAUGAGAAGUUGAAUGUGUCAGUUGAUUUACCUGAUUUGCAGGAGGCUGCUUUGCAAUCUGUAUCUGGUGAUGAAAGUGACGAGUCAGAAAUUGUGGAGCAUGAUGUGAAAGUAUGUGAUAUUUGUGGUGAUGCUGGUAGGGAGGAUUUGCUUGCUAUAUGCAGUAAGUGCAGUGAUGGUGCAGAACAUACUUAUUGCAUGCGAGAAAUGCUUCAGAAGGUCCCAGAAGGUGAUUGGCUGUGUGAAGAAUGCAAGUUGGCUGAGGAAACAGAAAACCAGAAGCAAGGUUCAGAUGCUGAGGGUAAAAAAUCUAGCAGAGCAGGUGCACAGAGCUCCAGCAAGAGGCUUUUUGAAACUAUAGAGGUCGCUUCAGCUUCAAAAAGGCUAGCUAUUGAUACAAGUUUUGGAUCACCAAAGUCAUCCAGCCCUAGCAAAAUAGCUGCACUGUCUCGGGAUAGUUCAUUCAAGGGCCUAGAUAAAGGGAAAGUAAAACCAGCUCAUCAAACAUCUUUAGCCAAUCACUCUACUAUUGAUAGUCCGGAAAUUGCACGUUCUCCUAUUGGUCCACGUCUUCGAACACCCAAGGGUACUUUAUUGAAGUCCAAUUCAUUCAGCACUAUAAAUUCCAAACCAAAAGUGAAACUUGUUGAUGAUGUUCCUCAAAAGCAGAAGGGCAAUAGAGAACUCGAUAUGAAAGAGGGGACUGCCAGGACGAUGAGCAAAUCUAUGUCAUUUAGAUCUGUGAAUCCAAGCCGUUCUGGUGCUACUGAGUCAAAAGUUAAAAUGCUUUCAUCAAAAUAUUCUCAAGCUCAAGAUAUAAAAGCACUAAAACAAGUGAAAGAACGGAAUGCAUCUGAAAGUAAGACUUUGGCUAAAUUGGAUCGUCCUGUGGGUAGUUCGGGGACAACUAAUUCUCACAUCUCUACGCUUAAAGUCAAUCAAAAGCUCACUCCUCGUGGUGAUAAUGUUGCUGUAUCAUCUACAAGCAAUAACAAAGAGCCAAAGGCUUUGCAAUCUGAUGGUAAAUUGGGUGGCUUAUUGAGAUCAACCAGCAGUAUAGCUCGUAAAAGUGCUGAGCUUCCUAUUACUUCUGUUCGAUCUUCAGCUAUGAAUGGGAUGUCUAGUGCUUCUAUUGAACAAAAGUCAAACCAAGUUAUUCCAAAGGAUGAACCCUCUUCCAGUUCUUCUUGGAAUGCUGAGAGACAGUCCCAUAAUAUCGAUGAAAAUUUACAAGGCUUAUCUCGGUCACGGGAAUCAUCAGAUCAGAGUGAGAAAACUAGGGAGAGUUCUGUUACUCGCUUGAGGCCUGCUGUGACUGCUGGGCUAAAAAGUGUCACCUGUCAAAAGUGCAAGGAAAUUGGGCAUGCUGCAGAGUUUUGCACGAUUUGUAGUCCUAGGCCUUCUGGUACUGAUACAUCUGCUGCAAGAAUUGUUAGGGAGGACAUGAGCAAAGGUAGUAAGUUGAAAGCUGCAAUUGAGGCUGCCAUGCUUAGGAAGCCUGGAAUAUUCAGAAAGAAGAAAGAAAUUGAUCAAUCUGAUGGCUUGUUGUCAUCAAAUGUGGAUGUGACUUCUGAGGCAGCUUCGCAUGAUCAGUUUUCAGUUUCAAAUAAGUUGAGAAAUAUGAUUUCUGAUGAAGGAACAGAUGAAGGGCAAGCAAAUAUUGGUCUGAGUUCGUCUGAGAGUUGCAAACAGAUGAAUAUUAAUAAUGUCAAGCAGCUGAAUGUGAAUUCUGCAGAUAUUGUUUUGCCUUUAAAAGUUGGGGAAGAUACAAUGGUCCCUUCUGGUGGAAAACCCUGUCAUUCUUUGACAGCAACACCCCUUUUUUCAAAGAUGUUAACCAUCCCAGAGCAUGAAUACAUCUGGCAGGGGGCCUUUGAAGUGCGCAGAGGUGGAAGACUACUGGACUUACAUGAUGGAAUUCAAGCGCAUUUAUCAACUUGUGCAUCACCUAAAGUCCUAGAAGUAAUGAAUCAGUUUCCCCAGAAAAUCACUGUGGAUGAAGUGCCUCGCUUAAGUACAUGGCCAAGACAGUUUCACGAACUUGGUGCCAAAGAAGAUAAUAUUGCUCUUUAUUUCUUUGCUAAGGAUCUUGAAAGUUAUGAAAAAAGCUACAAGAACCUGUUGGAUAACAUGAUUAGAGGAGAUUUGGCAUUGAAAGGAUAUUUUGGGGGUGUUGAAUUCUUAAUAUUCCCAUCCACCCAGCUUCCUGAGAAGUCCCAGCGCUGGAACAUGCUAUUUUUUCUGUGGGGUGUGUUCAGGGGAAGGAAAUCCAAUUGUUCAGAUCCGGCAAGUAAGUCAGUUACUACCAGUCCUAAUGUGGUGCCAGUGGACAUGAAUGGUACACACAAGCCAUAUAAUUCACUGAAUGGGGGUCUUGAUAAAGCAUCUGGUCCACAAACAAGCUUGGAGCAACAAGAUGGUAGACUCAACUCCGAAUCCUUGCCAAAAAAUGCCACAGGCAGUGAACUUUGGUGCUCAGACAUUAGAUGCACUCCUUCACAGGAAGAAGCAGCUCUUUCAGAAUGUAGGCUGGAUACAGAACAUAAAUCGUCUGUUCAAGCAACAAGAUCCAAUAAUGGUUCUAGUAGCAGGGAGGAGAUCCAAGUGCAUGUCGAUGCCUCAUGUAUGAGAGAAGACUCACCAUCCUCCAAGGUUUUCCAGGCUAGUAAUCAAGAUGAAAGCAUCACAACAAGUGUCUGUGAGGAGAAAACAGUGGAUAGAAUGGACAGGAAUAGAGAUGAGGUUAAAGUUGAAACGAAUCUGAAUGAAGAUUCUACAAGUAUGGAUAUAGAAGCUUCCUCAGGAGAUCUAAGCAUCAAAGGGCUUGACUCCUGGCAGUCGAAUAGCAGGAAACGCCCUUUCUUGGAUCUUUCAGAGACAGCCCCUCAGACUUUGAGUAGUACAGGACAAAAAAUGCCAUGGGAUACGGUAGAUGGAGAGAGUAGUAUCGGCAAGAAGCUGAAGUCUGGUUGCAGUGAACAAUAUGCGUGCAGCAGUGUGAGAGGGGGGAAUCGUUUGGGUGAUGGUUUUACUUCACAGAUAUGUGACUUGGGGUCGAGUUCCUUCAUUGAGGAAAAAAGCUGUGACAAAGCUCCUGAUGAGAAAGUUAUCCUAGAGGAUGUGGGAACAACUGAAAGGUACUUCUUUCCUGUGGAUUCACAUCGUGUAAAAGAUUUUCAAUUGGGGGGCAACUCCAUGCCCUGGAAAGAAUACUCAUCAAAUGAUGAGGAUCAAAUCCAUGAAGAGGUCCCAAAUCUUGAGCUUGCUUUAGGUGCCGAGACAAAACCCCCAAACAAAGGAAUCCUGCCUUUCUUUGUUGGAAUGGUAGAGAAAAAUAAUACCCAGAACAAGACUCCAGAUAAAAAGGUGACAGAUAAGGAAGAGGAGGAUGGUGUCUCCGCUUCCCUUUCCCUUUCUCUUUCAUUCCCAUUCCCUGACAAGGAACAAACUGUCAAACCUGUUUCAAAAUCAGAGCAGCUCCUGCCUGAAAGGCGCCAUGUGAAUACUUCACUGCUCCUUUUCCGGGGCUUCUCAGAUAAAUAGGCCCACAGUGACUUUGUCUGUAUAUUAAUGUGCACCAGCACCACAUGGAUGUGGUAAAAAUGUACCUGAUCAUGUACGAUGAUCGUCCAUGGGCUUUCCAUCUGUUCAUACCCCACACAGGAUUUACUAAUAAUUUUUCCUUUUUUUUGUUGUUAGCAUUUCUGUUUUCGGAGUGCAUAGUCACGGCUGUUUGUAUAUACAGAGAUUUUAAGCCGGUUAAAAUGAACCAUGAGAUAUUUGCAGACCCAAUAGCUUAAUGACGAUGCUGAGUAUCAGUUAUAUUUUGUCUUUUCAUAUUA